UCUAACUUGCGGUGUUUGAAUUUAUCAAUCACUACACUACGGCGCGAGCAGCCGAAUGUGUGGAUAUAGACGACCUAGCUCCGGGCUUCGAAUGUCGGAUUUAGUUCAGUAUUUUAAGUCGAUGUUUUCGUGCAUUUUUGCUUAGGAUACAUGUCAGGUGUAAUGUCGAUUGUGCAGUAUUCCUUAUCGCAUUAAACGUAAAACAGUAUAAAAUUUAUACUCGGGUAACAAUUCAUUUUGUUAUUCUAACAUGACCUAAGCCGGGAAUAAUUCUGAAAAAUCUAUAAGGUGAAUUAGCAGGAAAGGUUGCAGUCGCCGUCUCUGGAAAGGGGAUUCAAUUAAAAUAGUCCUAAAGUGUAAGUCCUUUAUGCUGAAGAAGCCAGUUUAUACAACUCAUAGUUUCCCUUGUUGUGCAGUCAUAAGAAGAACCCAUCGCUUAACCCCAGAAGAUGAAUGGCUCAUUUUAAGUUGUAAUUUGUAAAUUGCAUUUGUUAAAAAACUGGCAAUAUCUCAAAGAAAAUCGUUCAAAUUAAAAGUUAUUAUGUAUAAUAAGAAACAUUAUUUCUUCGAGAAAGGCUGACAGAGCCAGCACAAAUUGCUGAUUGUUUGACAAAAUGCCUGGCUUAGUUGUAUUUAGGAGACGUUGGAGCGUUGGUUCCGAUGACUUAGUGGUUCCUGGAGCGUUUUUGUUUACUACACAUAUUACAUGGACAAUAAUUUUAGCAGUUAUCCUGUUCAUCCUAAAGUUUGAUAAGAGUGUUCACUGCAUCCUACUAAUAUGGAGCCUAGUGGUUGGUUAUUUAGCAAUUCUGCUAGUUUCUAUAGUGAUAGAGGUGGCUGUAUGCGUGGUUGCAUUACGAGGCAGUAUUUUGGAUACCACACCCAGGAGUUCUAUGCAGUAUAUUUUAUAUAUAAGACUUGCUGUAAUGAUAGUUGAAGCUGGUUGGCUAACAGCAGGAGUUCUUUGGAUUGUAUAUUAUUAUACAGAAUGCCCAAUCGAUAAUGCAAAAGAAGUUGUUUUAGCAAUGGUGGUUUUCAACAGCUGUAUUCUAUUGUCUGUAGUAAUUACUGUAUGGUGCUGUUACGAUACAGCGGGAAGAUCAUGGGUGAAAAUGAAACAAUACCAGCGAUCCAUGAGGGAAUCAGAGUUAAAAUUUCAGUAUAAAAGGUCAGGAAGUACUAGAAACUGGAGACAAAGGAAAGUCCUUCGUGCUUACCAAGACAGUUGGCAAAACCGAUGUCAGUUUAUUUUCUGUUGUUCAGCUCCUUCCGAUAGAAACCGCAACUCUUUCGCCGAUAUCGCCCGGCUUUUAUCAGAUUUUUUUAGAGAUUUAGAUGUAGUGCCUUCGGAUGUAGUGGUUGGUCUUGUGUUACUGAGAAAAUUUCAAAAGAUUGAAAGAAAGGCGAUCAUUGAAGAGCGUAAAAAUGACACAUAUGAGUUCCUUUCUGGGGUCCCGAUAACGCCAAGAACCCAAUUUCUCUCAUUACAAGAAAACGGGCCCGAUGCGGAAAUGUUCCAAACUGUUAUCCAUUUCGCUAAUUUUGCUGUGAAGGCCUAUGGCUGGCCAGUAUAUGUUAUGAUGAAUAAAAUGGGAAUUUGUCAAGUUUGUACAGGAUUAAGUUGUUAUUGCUGCCUCCCUUGCCGACGUACUAACAGUGAAAAUGUUCAAAUUGUAGAUGACAACUGUUGCAGAUGCAACUAUGCUGCAUUAGAAAAGCUAACGAAAAUUGGAGAUAUUGAAAUAAUUUAUGCAACAUAUCAUGUGGAUGUAGGCGAGACUCCAUUUUUCGUUGCGUUAGAUUAUGAUAGGAAGAAAAUUGUAAUUAGUAUUAGAGGGACGUUAUCAAUGAAGGAUAUCUUAACUGACUUAAACGCUGAAAGUGAAACUAUUCCUUUACAUCCUCCAAGAGAAGACUGGACUGGACAUAAGGGUAUGGUCCAGGCGGCUCAAUAUAUCUAUGAAAAAAUCGAAGAGGAACAGCUGUUACAGAAAGCCAGGGCAAGAAAUCCGGAAAAGGGGACCAAAGAUUUUGAUAUCACUAUUGUUGGACACUCUCUUGGGGCAGGUACUGCGAGCAUACUGGGAAUACUCCUUCGACAAAACCACUCAUCUCUAGAAUGCUUUUGCUACUCACCGCCAGGAGGAUUACUGUCAGCUCCCGCAGUAGAAUAUACCAAAGAAUUUACAAUUUCUGUAGUUGUAGGCAAAGAUGUAGUUCCUAGAAUAGGUCUUCACCAAAUGGAAACACUUAGAACUGACUUAAUUAAUGCUAUUAAAAGAAGCGUGGAUCCAAAGUGGAAAACAAUUACCUGUAGUAUAAUUUGUUGCGGGUGUUCCGAGCCAACAUCGGCUGUAGAAAUGUCUAGUCAAAAAACUGAGGUGAGCGAGUAUAUGCGCACUAAGAAAGAUGCCAGAUGUACGGGAUUGCAUCCAUCGGAUAGUACAAUAGCUUUGACCAGUCAUCAACCCUUGUAUCCUCCAGGUCGAAUUAUUCAUGUAGUUAGGGACCAUCCCAAAAAAGGACAACAAUCUUUUUCAAAAAAACCUGUCUACCAAGCCUUAUGGGCAAACAAUACUGACUUCGAUGAGGUCCUAAUUUCACCAGUUAUGAUCCAAGACCAUAUGCCAGAUAAAGUGUUGGAGGCUCUCAACAAGUGUAUGACAGGUGGAGAGGACUUCGCGGCCUCGACGUCUACUGGAUUUACGAAGGCGCGGACAUUCGGCUUACGAACUAAGACCUGCGCCGCACGACAUAAGGUUGUAACGCUGCUAGACGCGAGAAAACGUCAACAAUUACGCUUAUCAAAUCCACCUCUUUCUAAUAUUUCUAACCAAAUCACCCUGCAGGAAACUAGUUUUCCCCCAACCACAUACUUCAAUGACUCUAAUGGUUCUAGUGCCUCCGAUUAUCGAUUUUGCACUACAAAAAGACAUGAAUCCCCUACAAUAUUUCAACCAAUACCCAGCUUAAGUCGACGCAUAUCAUUUGGUAGUUCGAAAUCUCAAUUUUCUGAACAACAAAUGAUCGUAAAUAAGCUUGAAGAACCCCGUUCUAUAUCGAGAAGCAUUCUUCUAAACAUAAUGCCAAAGCUAGAGUUAAACCAUGAUGAAUGGUCUGAGCUGGCUCCGUUAGCCAGUCCAGAAAGUAUGUCGGAGAUAUCCAGUAUUAGUUCCAGAACUAGCGUGACAAGCCUUACAGCAGAAAUGCUCAAAACUCCAAAGGUUAUGAGACGUACUCCAAAAAUCAUAGGAAGUCUUAGCACUUGUGCCGAUGACAUUAGAAACAUAAGAAAUUUUGCAACUGCUAAGAAAAUUCCUGUACUAAAUGUAGCAAUUAUAACAGACACAUCAGCUGAGAAUUCAUCAAAUAGCAAUACCAGCUUUGAAUCUGCUUUAAGCAAAAACAAAGAUUCUAUUGAAGAGGUUAAGGCGGAGAAUAUAGUAGAUCGUGACUUUUUUGGAUUUUCGUAUUCAGACGGUCGAAUAUCCAGCGGUAGUGAUUUCCAUUCAGCAGAAGAUAUCCUCGAUAUUGUCCUUUCAGAUGCUGGAUGUAAAGAGUUCUUUAAUUCUGACCCAAAUAUAUUAGAGAUGCAUAACGAGCUAAUGCGAGAGUUUAGCUCGAUUACAGAUUAUAGCGAUUCACCUUCAAGAACGAUAUCAACACAGUAUUCUUUGCCUGGUCCAUCCCAAGACAUGGAUCCGGACCUAGUAACUAACUUAGCUAUCGAUUUGGCAGCCAAUAUUGAACCCGUCCCAAUUCAAAUGAAUCGAAGUAAAGUCACGACCUUAGACCAAGAAUGUGCCUACAGAACCCCAGAUACCCCUAAAAAUGUAACUUUUAAUCCUGAAGUAGUCACAGUAGAUACCGAUAAUGAAGUUUAUUACAAGCGACCAUUUAGGUGGAGAUUUUUUAAAGCAGAAAAACAUAAAAAGCCAGACCUUUCGAUAUCGCCAGUUCCUAGCACUAGUUCAGACAUUUCCAAGGUGGUUGUUCCGGUGAAAACUAUUUUAUCCAAAGGGAAGAAACCGUUGGAUGUGCGAAAUGAUGAACCUUGUACCAGUGAGUCUAUUUCGCGAAAAGCCCUUCCGAUUUUAAAUAUUUUAAAUAGUAGUGCGGGAGAAAGAACUUCGUCGCCAAGUUUUGUGAGGAGAAAGAAAUACGUUUAUCCGUCAAAUGUUGUGGUGAUAAGUAAACCCUUGCAGGAGAGUGCCGUCUAGUUCAAUUAUUAAGAGUUUUAAGAAAAUUUUAAUUAUAUGUAUAGAUAUAUUAAA